AUGGCUUGUACAAAGCAGACUGCCCACAAAUCGACCGGUGGUAAAGCACCGAGGAAGCAACUGGCUAUAAAAGCCGCUCGCAAGAGUGCGCCCUCUACUGGAGGGGUGAAGAAACCUCAUCGUUACAGGCCUGGUACUGUGGCACUCCGUGAAAUUAGACGUUAUCAGAAGUCCAGCAAACUUCUGAUCCGCAAACUUCCUUUCCAGCGUCUGGUGCGAGAAAUUGCUCAGGACUUCAAAACAGAUCUGCGCUUCCAGAGUGCGGCUGUUGGUGCUUUGCAGGAGGCAAACGAGGCCUAUCUGGUGGGCCUCUUUGAAGACACCAAUCUGUGUGCUAUCCAUGCCAAACGUGUCACAAUUAUGCCAAAAGACAUCCAGCUAGCGUGCCGCAUACAUGGAGAACGUGCUUAUCCACUAUGA